CCCUCUCCCAACAUGGCGGCCUCAGCAAAAAAGAAGAAUAAGAAGGGGAAGACUAUCUCCCUAACAGACUUCCUGGCUGAGGAUGGAGGGACUGGUGGAGGAAGCACCUAUGUCCCCAAACCAGUCAGCUGGGCUGAUGAAACAGAUGACCUAGAAGGAGAUGUUUCAACCACUUGGCAUAGUAAUGAUGAUGACGUGUAUAGGGCACCUCCAAUUGACCGUUCCAUCCUGCCCACUGCUCCACGGGCUGCUCGGGAACCCAAUAUCGACCGGAGCCGUCUUCCCAAAUCACCACCCUACACUGCUUUUCUAGGGAACCUGCCCUAUGAUGUGACAGAAGACUCCAUUAAGGGAUUCUUUAGAGGAUUAAAUAUCAGUGCAGUGCGUUUACCACGUGAACCCAGCAAUCCUGAGAGGUUGAAAGGUUUUGGUUACGCUGAGUUUGAGGACCUGGAUUCCUUGCUCAGUGCCCUGAGCCUCAAUGAAGAGUCUCUAGGUAACAGGAGAAUUCGAGUGGACGUUGCUGAUCAAGCACAGGAUAAAGACAGGGAUGAUCGUUCUUUUGGCCGAGAUAGAAAUCGGGAUUCUGACAAAACAGAUACAGACUGGAGGGCCCGUCCUGCUACAGACAGCUUUGAUGACUACCCACCUAGAAGAGGUGAUGAUAGCUUUGGAGACAAGUUUCGAGAUCGUUAUGAUUCAGACCGAUAUCGUGAUGGGUAUCGGGACAGUUACCGUGAUGGCCCACGCCGGGACAUGGAUCGAUACGGGGGCCGAGAUCGCUAUGAUGACCGAGGCAGCAGAGACUAUGAUAGAGGCUAUGAUUCCAGGAUAGGCAGUGGCAGAAGAGCAUUUGGUAGUGGGUACCGUAGGGAUGACGACUUCAGAGGAGGUGGGGACCGCUAUGAAGACAGAUAUGACAGACGAGAUGACCGGUCAUGGAGCUCCAGAGAUGAUUACUCUCGGGAUGAUUAUAGGCGUGAUGAUAGAGGUCCCCCCCAAAGACCCAAACUGAACCUAAAGCCUCGGAGUACUCCUAAGGAAGAUGAUUCCUCUGCUAGCACAUCCCAGUCCAGUCGAGCAGCCUCUGUCUUUGGAGGAGCAAAGCCUGUUGACACAGCUGCUAGAGAACGAGAAGUAGAAGAGCGGCUACAGAAGGAACAGGAGAAACUGCAGCGCCAGCUGGAUGAGCCAAAACUAGAACGACGGCCUCGGGAGAGACACCCAAGCUGGCGAAGUGAAGAAACUCAGGAACGGGAACGAUCGAGGACAGGAAGUGAGUCAUCACAAACGGGGACCUCAGCCACAUCUGGCAGAAGUAAGUCAGACCAGGAUGCACGAAGGAGAGAGAGUGAGAAGUCUCUAGAAAAUGAAACACCCAAUAAAGAGGAAGACUGUCAGUCUCCAACUUCUAAGCCUCCCAAACCUGAACAGCCUCUAAAGGUAAUGCCAGCCCCUCCACCAAAGGAGAAUGCUUGGGUGAAGCGAAGUUCUAACCCUCCUGCUCGAUCUCAGAGCUCAGACACAGAGCAGCAGUCCCCUACAAGUGGUGGAGGGAAAGUAGUUCCAGCUCAACCAUCUGAGGAAGGACCAGUAAGGAAAGCAGAUGAAAAUAAAGUAGAUGGGGUGAGUGCCCCAAAAGGCCAAAGUGGAAAUUCCAGCCGUGGUCCAGGAGAUGGAGGGAACAAAGACCACUGGAAGGAGUCAGAUAGGAAAGAUGGCAAAAAGGAUCAAGACUCCAGAUCUGCACCUGAGCCAAAGAAAGCUGAAGAAAAUCCAGCCUCUAAGUUCAGUUCUGCAAGCAAGUACGCUGCUCUUGCCGUUGAUGGUGAAGAUGAAAAUGAGGGAGAAGAUUACACCGAAUAGACCUCUGCAUUCUGUGCUUUCUCCUAGUCUCUCACCACCCUGGGAACAUUCGAGAGCAAAUCACACCUCUAUCCAGACAAGACAAAAUAAAACUCACCAUCUCCUGGAAAAAA